GGACCGACGGCGGCGCCAGUUCCUGUCCACCUGUCGGCCACGACAAACGCCGGUGCACGACGAACGUAGCACGCGCACACGUCUCCGAAACUCACCGAACCUGCUACACGUGGUCAGCCCAGCUCGUGCAAACGACGUGCACCACCACCGAGAUUUAUACGCGACACACACGACGUCGCACUAGACCCACCGACUGGAUUGUUUAUAUCGCUAUCCACCAAGCACUCCACUAGCCACGUAGACCCUCGAUACCUGCGCACCACGUCCGUAGGUGUUCGAUCCUGUUGACCGCGAAACGUGUCCCGUCAACUUCGUCAGCCGCGCGCGAUUGCGGUCCGCGGGCCGAGCGACACACAGCGUAACGCGUCGUGCAAUCAUCGCGGCACCACUGCAAUCGCACUAUUUGCCCGUCCCGUUCUAUACCGUCCGUCAUGUCGCGUUCGUCGUCGAACACCACUCGACGUCGCGCCCACGCCGCUGCAGCCACCGCCGUCUUCCUGGCGUUGGCCGUAACCGCGCCGUCCGGCGUACGCGCGGGAAGCUGUCUCGAAGCGAAGCUCUGCUGUCCGGGUCGCGACUCGGCGUGCGUCGUCCAGAAAACGCCCAUCAACGCCAUCAUCGAAGAUCCCACGGACAAGCCGUGCUACUGCGACCACGCGUGCCUCAAACUUGGCGACUGUUGCGCCGACUUCAAGUCCGCUUGCGGAGUGAUUGAUUGUGUGAUGUCGGAGUGGGAACCUUGGAGUGAGUGCGAUACGGAGUGUGGUAGUGGCAUGAUGACAAGAAAAAGACAAGUGUUGAAGUCCCCGGUGAACGGUGGCAAACACUGUCCUUCAAUGGUUCAGAAGAGGGCGUGCAUGGGAACCAGAUGCCCAAAUUAUCCCGGAAGUGCACUUAAAGAGACUGCCAUGUUGCUGCCUGCGUCUCUGGCAUCCAACCGCUUGACUAAUGAGUCCCAAGAUAUACGUCACAAUUUAAAGUACCGCCUAUCAAAGGAUCCAGUCGAUUUAGAUUCAAAGGAGUACUGCGUUCUUUUCGAAGUGAUGAAAGCGACCAAGGCCUGCAGAAAAGUGUCCGAAUACUCAUUGCUCCGGGAAGGUGAACGCGUGUGCGUACGCUGCGAUACGCAGGCGAUGCGCCAGUCGUUGGGUUUCCGUUGUCCGGGUCAUGGGACGAUGGAUCGAGCGACGAGAUGGACUGUACUCUCGGCACCUCAUUGUCAUGGCAAAUGGGUUCGUCUUGAGUCCGCAGGACAAAAGGACGGGCACUCGUGUCCCAUGUGUAAAAAAGGAGCGCAGUUCGUGUUCGUGUAAGCAGUAGCAGCAACAACCGCCGCCGCUCACCUCUAAAAAUGCUACCCCUUUUCUCCACUCGCCACGGGCAAAUAUAUAUCAUUACUAUUAUUAUACUCCAUUCUGCCAUCGGUCCUGUCAUCCACACCGUUCGCACUGCAGCGUCCUUAAAACUUCCGUCGAGCCAUUACCCCGGAUGAAUACGUCUCUGACCAAGUAAUAUCAUCGUGUAAUAACAAAAAUACAAUAAGUUUAUACAAGCAUAAUAUUACAUAAGUUUUUCGGACCAUAACAUAAUAUUAUAUAUAUAUAUAUAUAUAUAAUCUAUUCGUAUUAUAUAAGUCUCUAUUAUUUUCGGAUGCAAUAUGUUCGUACAUAUCCAUGAGCGAUUUUUUUCACCUCAUUAUAUCCGUUCAAUAACCUAUAUUAUCAAUAAA